CGGAGCAGUAGGAGCCCAGAACCGAGUCGUAGGGCUGUGAGGCCGCCCUUCAAGGCCUCUGGCGGCGCUGUCAGGCUCCUCAGGCCCGCUGGGCUUCAGGCAGCCCAGGACGCGGGGCGGCCGAGCCCGAAGCCCCUCCUCUCCCUGGCGCUGCGCCCGCCCCCUGCGCACGGCUCAGGCCUCGCUCCUCCUUCCCGGAGGGGAGCGUCCGGGAGAAGGCCAUGGGCCCCGGUAUCCCCGCGGCCGGCUUCCAGGAGUCGGUGACCUUCAAGGAUGUGGCUGUGGAAUUCACCUGGGAGGAGUGGAGGCAACUGGACCCUGCUCAGAGGACCUUGUUCAGGGAUGUGAUGCUGGAGAACUACAGGAACCUUGUCUCCCUGGGGCUUGCAGUUACCCAACCAGAUGUUAUCCUCCAGUUGGAAAGAGGAGAAGCACCAUGGAUGUGUGGGAGAGAAGUCCCAAGAAGCACCCCUCCAGAGUGCCUUAAUCUGGAGUCUAGGUGGAAAACAACAGAGACUAUUGCAAUCCAAGGCAUUUCUCUAGGGAAGUUAUCUAAGGAAAGAAUCAAGGAUGGACCAUGCAAUUCUGUGUUAAGAGAAGCUUGGGAAUGUGCUUUUAGUUUGGAACAACAGAAAGCCAACUAUGAAAACCAUUCCCAGGAAGUGACAGUCCCUCAUAGAAAAACUUCUGAUUUUUAUGCCAGUGAAUGUAAUAUAUUGGAAACAGGCUUCAAUCUGAGGUCAAUCCUGAUUCCACAGUAUCAAGAUAAUAGGGGGGAAUAUAUUAAAAAAUGUGAUACACAUGGAAUAAACUUUAAACAGUGUUCAGAAAAAUGUAAGUAUAAUGGUAUUUUUUCUGAGACACUUUGCAAAUAUAAAUACAGAAAAUCAGACAGUUGUGAUUCAGAUCUUACUCAAAAUGAUGGAAAAUAUACUGAAAAAAAAUCAUGUGAAGCUGGGAAAGUGUUGAGUAGCAAUGCAUCCCUUAUAAAUCAUCAGAUAAUUCCAGCUGCACAGAAAUCUUUUCAGUAUAAUUCAUGUGGGAAAGACUCUAGCUGCAAAUCUCUUCUUCUAUAUCAAGAACUUCAUACUGAAAAGGAACCCUUUGCAUGUAAGGAAUGGGAAAAACCCUUUAUCUGGCAUGGACAACUUAAAGAACAUAAAAGAGUUCGUACUGGAGAAAAACCCUUUGAAUGUAAUAAAUGUGGGAAAUCCUUUAGCUGGAGGGGACAUCUUACUCUACAUAAGAGAAUUCAUAUUGGAGAGAAACUUUUUGCAUGCAGUGAAUGUGGGAAAUCUUUUAAUCAGCAUGGAAAACUUAAUGAACACAAGAGAAUUCAUACUGGAGAGAAACCCUUCCCAUGCAAUGAAUGUGGGAAAUCCUUUAAUCGGCGUAAAGCACUUAUUAUCCAUAGGAGAAUUCAUACUGGAGAGAAACCCUUUGGUUGUAAUGAGUGUGGGAAAUUCUUCAAUCAGCGGGGACACCUUACUGGGCAUAAGAAAAUUCAUACUGGAGAAAAACCCUUUGAAUGUACUGAAUGUGGAAAAUUCUUUAGGCGAAGACGACAUCUUACCAGACAUAUGGUUAUUCAUACUGGAGAGAAACCCUUUGAAUGUAAUGAAUGUGGGAAAGCCUUUAAUGAAUGUGGAAAGCUUACUGAACACAAGAGAAUUCACACAGGAGAGAAGCCCUUUGAGUGUACUGAAUGUGGGAAAUCCUUUAAUUCAAGUGGACAACUUACUACGCACAGGAGAAUUCAUACUGGAGAGAAACCUUUUGUGUGUAAUGAAUGUGGGAAAUCAUUUAGGUGGUGUCGAGAUCUUAAUGAACAUAAGAGAAUUCAUACUGGAGAGAAACCCUUUCAGUGUAAUGAAUGUGGUAAGUCCUUUAAUCGUCGAAAAGCACUUAUUGUACAUAGAAGGAUUCAUACUGGGGAAAAGCCCUUUGAAUGUAGUGAAUGUGGAAAAUUCUUCAAUCAGCGUGGAAACCUUACUGAACAUAAGAGAAUUCAUACAGGAGAAAAGCCUUUUGAAUGUAAUGAAUGUGGGAAAUCAUUUAACUGGAGAGGACAGCUUACUAUACAUAAAAGAAUUCACACUGGAGAGAAACCCUUUGUAUGCAAUGAAUGUGGGAAAUCCUUUAAUCAAUGUGGGAAGCUUACUGAACACAAGAGAAUUCAUACUGGAGAGAAACCAUUCGAAUGUAAUGAAUGUGGGAAAUCUUUUAACUGGAGUGGACAACUUACAACGCAUAAGAGAGUUCAUACUGGAGAGAAACCCUUUGAAUGCAAUGAAUGUGGGAAAUCUUUUAGCAGAAGUGCAUCCCUUACUAAACAUAAGAGAAUUCAUACUGGAGAAAAACCCUUUGAAUGUACUGAGUGUGGGAAAUUCUUUAAUUGUCAUGCACACCUUACUGAACAUAAGAGAAUUCAUACUGGAGAAAAACCCUUUGAAUGUAAUGAUUGUGGGGUCUCCUUUAGGUGGAGAGGACAACUUACUAGACACAAGAGAAUUCAUACUGGAGAAAAACCCUUUGAAUGUAAUGAAUGUGGAAAAUUCUUUAAUCAGCGUGGAAACCUCACUGAACAUGAGAGAAUUCACACUGGAGAGAAACCCUUUGAAUGUAGCGAAUGUGGAAAAUCCUUUAAACAGCGUGGAAAUCUUACAGACCAUAAGAGAAUUCAUACUGGAGAGAAGCCCUUUGAAUGCAAUCAAUGUGGCAAAUCCUUUAAUCGUCGUGGAAAGCUUACUGACCACAAGAGAAUUCAUAUUGGAGAAAAACCUCUUUGAUUGUAGUGAAUGUGGGACUUCUUUUUCCUGUAGAGUAAUGCUUAGUGAAUAAGAGAAUUUGUGUUGCAGAGAAAUCUUUGAGUGUAAUGAGUGUGGAUAAUCCUUUCACAGGAGAGGAUAGCUUACAAGCAUAAGAAAAUUCAUUUAAGAAACACUUUGAAUGUAGUGGAUGUAGGAAAUCCUUUAACCAAAAUACAUAAAAUUCAUACUGAAUUAAAACCACUUGGAAUGUUAAGAAUGCAAGACUGUCCUUUAGCUGGUACCAAGAUCUUACUGAGUAUGAAAAAAUUCAUGCUAGGGAGAAAGCUUUUGUGGAGUACAGCAGCUUCAUUGGCUUGUGAAUCACCUUGAAAUGAGAACAUCUUACUGUAUUAUUAAUUUCUUUGUAAAAGACACAACCUGCAUGUCACCAAUUUUUCUUUUCUGCUAAAAUUUGUUUCUAAGGAAUCAGCUUCCCUCCACUUUUAGCUUUUUUUCCCUAGGUAUGAAAGACAUGUACUUCUUGCUCUGAGUUCCAGAAUCCCCCUUAAUUGUAUUUUUGCAGGGCUGGUUAAGUGAUAUUUCACCUUAAAUCUGUAAUUAAGGCCCAACUUGAGGUAAUUUAUCCAGCUAUAUUUCUCUUCCCUGUGUGAACUGCUCUUAGUGGAAAAAAGAAAGAAAAACUCUUCUGUCAGCCCUUUUUCAUUGGGUCCCUGCAUGGGUCCAUUUGAGACACUGGCCCGAGUCAGCCAGGCACAUUGCUGGUCGAUUUUAACAGUGGAGGCUUCUGUACCCUAAAUGAGCUGUUUGGGCUGACAGUCCGGGUCUGGUAGUGAACUGCACUUACUCCAUUUUAAGUUUCUGGAUGUCACUUGUGCUUGUGUGUGCCUGCAAUAAACCUUGCUAUGCUCCAGAACUGCCAUGGUGUAGUCACUUAUAUUGAACCUGAGGCUUGAUUUGUAUAUCCACACCCUUGGAAAACUAAUCAACAUAGGAAGGUGUUCAGUACCAACUUGCUUUAUUUGACAGCAUAAAGUUCAUGUCCAAGAGAAGUCCUUUGUAAUUUGUAUGGGGCAGUUUUCAGCCACAGCCCUUCUCUUCUGGAGCAUGAAAACAUUCACAAAAGAUCUUAGAAACCAGAACCCCAUUCCUGAGCAGUAUUCUCCAUUUUCCAGUGAUAUCAUAGUCAUCCAGCCUCCAACUGAAAACCUCCACUGAAUUGGAAACCCACUACCUAAGGAAGUUCAUAUUGCUUUUAGAUCUGGUUGUUAGGAAGAGGGAAGGAGAUAGAGUAUUGAGACUGAAGUCAAGAAAACUCAACUGAGUGCAAGUCUGGCCUCAGAUACUUAUUAGCUGUGUGA